AUGGAGCCGCACUCGGACGAGGACACGCCGACCUCGGACGACCUGGAGCAGUUCGCCAAGCAGUUCAAGCAGCGCCGGAUCAAACUGGGAUUUACCCAAGCGGACGUGGGCUUGGCGCUGGGCACGCUGUACGGGAACGUCUUUUCGCAGACCACCAUCUGCAGGUUCGAGGCCCUGCAGCUCAGCUUCAAGAAUAUGUGCAAGCUGAAGCCUUUGUUGAACAAGUGGCUGGAGGAGGCGGACUCGUCCUCGGGCAGCCCCACCAGCAUAGACAAGAUCGCGGCGCAGGGCCGCAAGCGGAAAAAGCGCACCUCCAUCGAGGUGAGCGUCAAGGGCGCCCUGGAGAGCCACUUCCUCAAGUGCCCCAAGCCCUCCGCCCAGGAGAUCACCUCGCUGGCGGACAGCCUACAGCUGGAGAAGGAGGUGGUGAGAGUGUGGUUUUGUAACAGGAGACAGAAAGAGAAACGCAUGACUCCCCCGGGAGGGACUCUGCCGGGAGCCGAGGAUGUCUAUGGGGCAAGUAGGGACACGCCACCGCACCAUGGGGUGCAGACCCCCGUGCAGUGAACUCGCAGCGGGGGGAGGGCCCGGGGGGCUGCCCCCUCCUCCUCCUCCUCCUCCUCCAACUUUUGAUUCUUCUCGUUUUUAAUUUUAUUUUAUUUCCCCCUCUCUUAAACACACACACACACACACACACACACACACACCGCUGAGCAGCUGCGCUGGACGAUAUAUCCUCUGAGCGGUAGCAGGUGUAAUGAUGUGUUUUGACCUUUACAGGCGAGUGCCCAUGCAAUGGAGUGGGAGUGAGUAUCGCGCACACAGCCACCAGACAGGCAGCUAGUUACACACAGCCCGCCAGGCACUGAAAAGUGUUUUCCAAAAGCUGAAUUAACUGCAAGCAAGAGAGAGAGAGAGGAGAUAGAUAUAUUAAAAAACAAAAACAAAAAGAAUAGAUCCGCCAGAAAGCGCCAGGAAUCGGCCCCAAGCCCUGCUAAGCACAAAGGCAGCUUUAAUUUGGGAGCGAUGCUCAGUAUUUGGCACAUGGUUACUGUGUUUAUUUCCUGUGGAUCCCCGUUAGGAGUAAAAUAACGCUAGUCAUAAUAAAAAGAAACCCCUUUGGAGGUAGACAGUAUUUAACCAGAUACAUUUGCACUGCAAGAAAAUGGAAGUUUACAGAAACAAAUUCAUUUCUGUUCUUUUCUUUUCUUUUUUUCCCCCGCCUUGUUUUUGAAAAUGACUUGCAUUUUCCACGGUGAGCGUUAGCCAACCCUUGACCGGUCGACAAUUAUAUUACUGUGUUACAGCCCUUGCUUUAUGUGUAUAUAUGAAUUUCUGUUAUAAACCAGUCUUCU